GCGCGCCAUCUCGAAGGAGUCGAUCCGACGCCGCACUAUGCAGGGUCCCAUGCCCGGGCUCCCCAAGUCCAGCGUCGCGGCCGGCGAGGAGGCGGCGACGGCGGCGGCGGCGGAUCCGGCCAUGAUCCCGUUACCUCUGGGGGACCACGACGUGCAGGAAAUCGAAGGCUCCCGCGGAUCGCAUGACAUGGAUCGGGGAGAGGUUGUGCAGGCGAUGGUGGCCCACAAGGUGCGGCCGCACAGUCUGAUGGUCCUCACUCUGCCACCUCGAUCGCCCUGUUCCAGUGGAAAUUCGCCCAUCACACCCAUGUCACAGGGUGGCCAGCCUAACCGACAUGUUCGAGCGCGCUCGCUCCCGAACGCCGCCGAAGACGCGGCCGAAGCCGCCGAACAACCCGCGGGGCGGUCGUCUCCCACGGCGUCCGAAGAGCGUCGGCGUCUGGAGACCAUGUACGAGCACGACGAGGAGGAUGCGGGGGGUGAGGAAUCCGCGGCCCCGAAGUCCGCGGUCGCGAACCUGCAUGACGAGUCAACGACGGAGGCUAGCGCGGCUCCGGAGGCAGCCACAACGUCAUCGCUGUCCGGGGCGUCGGUUGAGGUGGUGACCAGUCAGGCCGGGUCGAACGACGCGUCGUCGGACGUGUUGAGCGAUCGAAUCCAGCCUGAGGUGGAGGCAGAAGUCAUCGAAGGCCACGGUCAGUGCGAAAAACCGAGGCUGGUUUCCAUGCAGCGGCCCAAGCGCAUGUCGACCUACUACCCUGCUCGACAAGAUGAGACGUUGAGUGGCCGCCCGGAGCGAAUGAUGCAGACGGUGAUCGAGAUCCAGCCCGCGACGCAAGGGGCGGCUGUCGAUCGCGGCGCUUCCCAAACUCCCGAUACCGAUCUAUAUGUCACCGAUUCGUCCGCCCCGCCCACCGCCCAAUCCACCACGAGCGAGGUGUCGCUGGGCCAAUUUCCCCGACCGCUAUCAUUGGAAUCUUCCGACCGCUCGACCCGACCCAAGCCCGCCCCCCUCGCUCUAGAAUCGCACCACCGAUCUGGUAACUCAAGCCCAUCCGUCGCCAGCUCCCGGACGGAGCGGGCUGCCGUUCAGCGAGUGCCUGUGCGCCAGUCUCCCGCCCCGUCCACGACCGGUCCCGCCAAGCUGAGUCGAUCCACCAGUGCUAGCAGUAGCCGCGAGAAGCGCCCGCUGACGGCGGAAUCGUCCAGCUCCCAGCGGUCGAACCGACUGAGGGGUCUGAGCUCGCUUCGUGCGCGAACUUCCUCCGACACGAGCCGAUUCUCCGAGACGAGCAAGCACUCCACGAACGACGCCGAGCUGGACGACCUGAUCCGCAGUGACGAGACCAUCCAUUAUACCCUGACCCCCAAGAGCGUGAGAGAGAUGGAGCUCCCCGACUAUACGCCUCGGCGGCAACCUCAACGAUCGACCACGGCCGACCUGGCCGAUUUCCUCAAGACUACUGCUCCUCCCGGCGAGGCGGUGCCGCGACCGAUGACCGCCAAGUCGUCCGAGGGGCCCAAGCAUACGCCCAUCAUGCCCCGGGUGCCCUCGCAGUCAAGGCCGGGCGCCCACGGGCAGGAAGCGAAGGCCGGUCCUUCAUCGUCGACCCGUGACUCUGCCAACUUCAAAUCGGCGGGGCCGGAUUCUCCAGCUAGCCCGAGCAGCGGACGGGCCAGUUUUAAGACGAAGUCGAACAAACUGCGCCGAUUCUCCGACGCCACAGAACUAUCGCGGAAGCUCUCUUCUCGUCCGGCCAGCGCUACGUCGAACGCAACCGCGCGUGCUCCCGGCCCCAAGCUGCAAGCCCGCUCCGCGGCGACCUCGAAGGGGGACGAGACGUCCGACCUGAUCGACUUUAUCCGCGAGGGCCCGCCCACGUCGGGAGCGCAUCGCAUCCCGCGCACCGUCGCACCGUUCCGGGAUACCAUGGAUUCGGACGACUUGCAGUCCCUGGAGCACGGCGCCGCCGACCAGGCCCACUCGUCUGCAACUAGCACCCGAGCGAACUCUAUGGUUGCCCCAUCCACGGGCUCCACGGGGUCGCGCACGGGGCUCGUGGAAUCCUCCAGCCGGACCACGACCCAGAGCGGUCCUCCCAAGCGGUACAGUAUCAUGCCGGUCGGCCAAGCGAUCUCCGAAGAAAACCCGUUCCCCAUGCGCACCCAGCGACGGGUGCGAGACCCCUACGCGAUUGACCUCAGCGACGAGGACGAAGAGCUCGAAGAGCUCCUGAUGGAGGGCGCGAAGCCCCCGCCUCAGGAAGAAAGCCUGGCUGACUUCCUGCGCAACGCGCCUCCACCCGCGGACUCCGCUCCGCAGCCGCUGCUUAUCAACUCCAGUACCGCUCCCCCCAGGAGCUCCGGUGGGAUGUCCAGCGCGUCGAGUAUGAGAUCCCGCAUCCUUCGCAGUGGCCCGACCGCGAAAUCGUCCCGAUCCUCCCUCCGUCAGCAGCCACCCGAGCCCGUGCCCGCUCCGGCCACCUACGCGACCAAGGUGGGCAUGGAGCGAAACGCGGGCUUGGCCACCGUGUCGGAACGAAGGACCGAGACCGGUGGGUUGGCCGACUUCCUCCGGAACACCGGCCCCCCGGAGCCGCCUGCGAAUCGCGCGUCGACCUAUGGUGGCCGCAGCAAGGACUCGUCAUCGAGCAGCCUCUCACGGUUCCUGUCGCGCCGCAAGAAGGUUGAGGCUUAAAAAACGGGCAUACAUCCUUUGAGUGGUCCCUAGUUUUGUUGAUCGCGUCCUCCGUUUUCAAACCCAAAAUCGCUAUGUGCUUUGCAGGUGACCGGUGUCUUCCAGCGUUCUGAGCCGUAUGAUGAUCUCACUGCUCUUGGUUAUUUGAUUUGAUUUAUUUCCCGAUAUAAUUCUCUCCUUCAUACUCUGAUCUCCCCCUUUAUUUAUUGAUACUCUUUUCUACACAUACCCGACUCGAUCAUGAUUUCGCUCGCUAUGUAUCUAUUACAUUGAUACCUUAUUCUCCUCUCUGUUAUUUUUGUUGCUUUACUUUUGAAUGAAAUAGGUCUGGAGCUGGGUAGGGCUACAGAUUGGUGGUGGAUAUGGGCGGAAGCCUCCAGAUUUGUUUACUUUAUUUCCAUUGUUUACGACGAAACUCGCCUUGGGCGAAUAGGAUGUAACUUUCAAUAAGAUAUGAUAUCAAC